AUGCCCCUCCACCGCACCUCCCCGCAGUUCAGUCUCUCGUCUCUGGUGUCGACCCUGCCAAGGCCAAGUCACUUUGCCUCUAAACAAGUUAAUCCUCUUCUUCUACACCUUCAAUCAAUCAAGAAACUGUCCUCAUACCAACCAUCCAAAAUGUCCGGCACAAGAAUCCACCGCGUCACCAUGUUCAAGCUGCCUAACCAGGAGGACCAGCAGAAGCUCCUGGCGGCGUACGAGCAGAUGGCCAAGACUCAGUCCAAGGAUGGCAAGCCGUACAUCUUGUCCCUGUGCGCAGGCGCGGCGGCCCCCGAUGCCAGGUCGCAGGGCUACACCAUCGUGGCCAAGAGCGAGUUCGCCAGCGAGGCCGACAUGAAGUACUACGACGAGGAGUGUCAGGCGCACGGCGAGCUCAAAAAGACGGCCCAAAGCCUCAGCUUGGCUGACAAGCCCCUGACUGUCUACUUUUCAGGCUCGCCGCAACUGCAGGUCUGA